AUGUAUAUGAUAAAUAAAUUCAUGAAUAAAUUUGCUGAUAAAAGAUUAGAUCUUGCUGCUAUCUUAAUCGAUUAUAACAGAAAACAAAAUAAAAUCAAAGUAGGAAAAAAGAAAAAUUUACAAUUAAAAUAGGUGAAAAGAUUGGUUUUUAAAAAGGUAAAUGCUGCUUGCUUUAAUAGUUAAGUAAGAUCGAUUUUACUGAUAAUAAUUAUAUUACUUGAUAAUGUUUGUCUUGGAGUUUUUGAGAUUCUCCCAUUUGGCACUUAUGUCUACAAUUAUUACAAGUUAAUGAUAUUCAUUAGUAAAAGCGAAUUUCAUGUAUCAAUGAUGCAAAAAUUCAUAGUUAAAGCUGAUCCUGAUGUUUUAGGAGAGUUUUUUUUGACAAUGCUAGCUAGAUUUAUGAUCAGAAUUAUGCACAAAUCUUGUAUGAUUUUGAAAAGACUUAACCUACCUGUUUCUUAGCAAGACUUUAAUUUAUCCUAAGAAAUUAUGGAGUUUUUAGAAGAAUAUCAUCCUAGAAUUGUGAGAACAUAGACAAAUUUGAAUAAUACUAGCUUUUUAGAUUAGUCUAUGAUUGAAAGUUAAACAGAUGCUGAAAGAGAGUAGCAAAAAAAAGAAGAAAAAAGACAAAGAAUGCUUGAAAAAUAAAAAAGAGAAAAAAUGAUUGAAGAAGAAAUACAAAAGUAAUAAGAGGAAUUGCUCAAGAUAAAAUAGUAAAAGCUUUAAGAGAUAAAAAAUUAAUUUGAUAACAGCGAUUAAAGUGAUAAUGAAUAAUUAAUAGAAGAUAAAAAAAAUUUUUAGAAAGAUAAAAUCAAAUCUGCUAAUUCAAGAGAAUAAUCUAAGGAAAAGUAAAAAUCUCCUCUCAAAAUUGUUGAUAGCAAAAUUACAUAAAUUAAAAAACCUAUUUAGCAAGAUUCGAAUAAAAAUUUAAGUUAAUAAGAUGAAAAAACUAACUUAAAUACUUUAAUCAAGAAUAAAUAGUAAAAAGAAGAAUAAUUAGAGGAUUAGGUAGAUGAAGAUGAUAUCCUAAAUAAAAUAGAUUUUAACGAUAGCUCUAGUAAAUAAGAGGAUACUAGUUCAAACGAAAAAGUUUAUGCUACUUAAGAUCUUAAAGAAAAAUAAAAUAAAAAUUUAUCUGAUUAUUUAGUGGAAGAUGAAUACGAAGUUUUACAAUAAGAAGAACAGUAAUAAAUUAAUUUUAAAGAUGGUGAUAUAGUAAAAAAGAAAGAAGUAAGAGGUAUUAAAAAAUCUUCUAGUACAUAGAAAGGGCUUCCCCCAACUAAUUACAAAUCUCCUUUAGAAUAAAAUUCAAAAAUAAAAGUCACUAGUGUAUCAGGAAAUUCUUAAAACGAAGCUACACAAUUAACUUAAUCAGUUCUUGUAAACGGUAAUAAAAAAGAUAGCUAAGAAAGUGAAUUAAAAAGUUAUAUAUCAAACUCUUAAAAAUUAAACCAAGAUAAGGCAGUUCCUUCAUAUAAAUCUAAGUAUGCAAAUAAUCCAGCUCUCUAUGCAACACUCUCUUAAACAAGGAGCCAUUUAGAUGAGACAAAGACAAAGUUUGAAUUAUAUAAAUAAAAGUAUGCAUCAAAUACUAAAUUAAGCUAAAAUAUAUCUUUAAUUGAUAAAGAUGACUGA